GUCUGUAAGGUGCUAAUAUCCCAUAAGCCACUGUGAGUCAUUGUGCUCCCCGCUUCGUCCAUCGCCCCGUAACAGGCCGGAGUGGGCGGGGUUAUACAGCGGGGCUGGCGCUAGCGGAACUGAAGGAACGGCGUGUUUAACGUCACUUCCUGUCUCCUUUCAAAGGCAACUAUGGCGGCGCUCAGACACUUCCUGCGCUCUACUCAGUCACAGCUGUACCCACAGAUCAGCCUGGCACGGCGCCCCCUAUGCACCUCCCCCUUGGUACAGCAGGCUGAACCGGGCAAGUCAGAUGGGGCUUUUCAUGUCACCAUGAUCCCUGGGGAUGGAGUGGGACCGGAGCUGAUGCACUCGGUGAGAGAGGUGUUCAAGGCAGCUGAUGUGCCGGUGGAGUUUGAUGAGCACCAUCUGAGCGAGGUGCAGAACAUGGCCUCCAAGGAGAAGCUGGACGAGGUCCUGGCCUCCAUGCAGGCAAAUAAGGUGGCGAUUAAAGGGAAGAUCCACACCCCCAUGGAGUAUAAAGGGGAACUGGCGUCGUAUGAAAUGAGACUCCGGCGCAAGCUGGACCUCUUUGCUAACGUGGUGCAUGUGAACAGCCUCCCCGGCUACAAGACCCGGCACAACAAUCUGGACCUGGUGAUUAUUCGGGAGCAGACGGAGGGAGAGUACAGCUCUCUGGAGCACGAGAGCGUCAGCGGAGUCAUCGAGUGCCUUAAAAUCAUAACCAGAGAGAAGUCCAACCGCAUUGCCAAGUUUGCGUUUGAUUAUGCCACCAAGAAGGGCAGAUCCAAGGUCACUGCUGUGCACAAAGCCAAUAUCAUGAAGCUGGGAGAUGGGCUGUUCCUGCAGUGCUGUAAGGAAGUGGCACAACUGUACCCCAAGAUACAAUUUGACACAAUGAUUAUUGACAACUGCUGCAUGCAGCUGGUGCAGAACCCAUACCAGUUUGAUGUGCUGGUCAUGCCCAACCUGUAUGGCAAUAUCAUCGAUAACCUGGCGGCUGGGCUGGUCGGGGGCGCUGGGGUGGUGCCAGGGGAGAGUUACAGUGCGGAAUACGCCGUGUUUGAGACGGGUGCACGCCACCCUUUCGCACAAGCCGUGGGCAGGAAUAUCGCCAACCCGACUGCAAUGUUACUUUCUGCAACAAACAUGCUGCGCCACCUGAACCUCGAGUAUCACUCAAAUCUCAUCUCUGAUGCUGUGAAAAAAGUCAUUAAACAGGGAAAGGUGCGGACCCGAGAUAUGGGAGGUUAUUCCACGACAACGGACUUCAUCAAGGCUGUGAUUGACGGCUUACACUAUCGCCAUUCCUACUAGUGCCCCCCUUGUGGCUGUUGUGCACUUUGCUUUGUGUCCCUUGUGGGGUCGUCGUCUCCCUGCCUUUCCCUGCGCGGUUUCUGUCUCAGCCUCCGUCUUACAGUGGGUUAGCCAGGCAUAUAAAGGGUUAAUGGAUACAGACCAUCCUUGUGCCACCCCUGGGCCUAGGGUAACCCAUAAAUUGGGUGGGUGCCAGGGAUUCAGCAAGUUCUACCCUGUAAUACAGAUCUAAGAACUGGGAGAGAACCUUCAGCCGCUGCUCAUUUCCUGUUACUGGGCGCCCUUGCCAGUCGGCCAAUAAAACUGCUCUAUAAGGGGCUCAUUGCUCCACAAGCAGUCAGUCUGGGCCCAAGUGGUUCCGACUGUGGGAGCUCUAGCCUGGGCAAAGUAUUGGGGCAGGUUGUGCCAGGCUGAUGCCCAGCUUUGGAGCAUUUACACACACACUGCCCACCCCCAGUGCCGCACAAAUAAAAACCUUUAUUUUUCAUUAAA